AUGGCCAUCAAUCUGAGUCGUCAAUUCGCCUCUCUUGUGGGUCUCUCGGCUCCGAAGCUAGCCCUUGCCAGCGCCGGAUCUGAGUCGCUGGCCCGAUCCGUCGUCGGCUCGGCUGUCAGGCGGCUCGGCUCGUCGAUCGAGCAACCCCGAGGAAACCCUAGCGGAGAGCUGCGGGGAGAAGCGCCGAAGGAGAUUCGGCCUCAGCAAGAAGAGGAAGAACCCCGAGAGGAAGGAGGAGGAGAGGAAGAUGACGAAGAGGAGGACGGGCAGGUGAACAAAGAGACGGGCGAGAUCGGUGGCCCCAGGGGCCCCGAACCGACCCGCUACGGCGAUUGGGAGCGCAACGGUCGCUGCUACGAUUUCUGA